UUCCGCGGAAGCAGUAUCAGGCGGGGGAGGGGAGGAGAAAAUGGUUUCUCAUCUCGGAGUGAUAGAGGCUCUAAAUGGAACUAUGGAGGCUCAUCUAGAGGAAAUGACCGAUUUGGCUCCAGCAGUCGUAUGGAUGACUCCGGCUAUCAUCGGUUUGGUGGCGGUGCCUCGUCAAUGCGUCGUUCUCAAGAAGAUAGUUAUCGGGGACGGAGCGAGUAUCGCGGAUACAGAGGAGGAAGCUUUGGAGGGGAUAAGCGUGGAGCUGGUAGCUUGAGCAGUCGUCCGAGAAGUGACAGCUAUCCGUUCAGGAAGACGGUUAGCUCCUCUUUUCGAGGCCGAUUCACUAGCUCGAUUCGGAGCAUUGGCCGAUCGAGAGGCGGCCGAAUAUCAAGAGGAUUUCGCUCCGAUCCCACCAGAAUGACCCCUCGAAAACUGGCCGUAAUAGGCGGACUCAUCAACAGAACACAGGGAGACCUGCAAAGGCUGAAAAUGAAUUCGGCAAUUAAGAGGUAAUUCUGUGUAGAGAUAGCAGCC